AUGGCACCCAAGGCCGCAGACCUCUUGUCAAUCUGGCAGUCCUUGCCUAUGGAGCUCGUGCUGCUAGUCCUUGAUGAGCUCGUCACUAUCUAUCUCUGGAACCUUGACUCAGACCCAUUCUAUCCCUGGGAGAUGGACCUGGAAAUGAGGGGGGAGAUACCGGUCAGCCAUCUACCUGACGUUCAACAUGAUUGCGACAAAGACUCCAUCAAGAUGAACGCGACCCAACUCAUUGGCGGCGUGAUUCGUUCGUGGAGGAAAGACAUCGAGGCUUGUGAGCGGCAAGGCGUAUUCAGGGAUCAAUGUUCGACACCGACCCCUUCUCCCCCCUGGUCCCUCCCAAGUCCACCGCUACGUCAAACAUCGCAUCGAGAGGAAUACCGGCGCAUCCUCUUUCCCCGUCUUUUCGUCGUCCAUCACGGCGGCCGCCACUACCAUCAGAAGACCCGCACCGUCGAGACCAUCAAAGGAUUCCCACGCUGGAAAGAUUACAUCGACCAACAGGCUCAGAAAUCACAAUCCAUAUCUUCCGCCAACACCAACAAUGACACGGUAACCUUCUACAUCGCUACAGACCGUGGACUCGACAACCGACUUGCUCGACUCGGCCAGCAAAGCCAUGGCCCGGUGUGGGAUUCUCUCGCUCCUUAUCCCGCCAGCGGUAAUGAUAUGAUGCCCCACGUAAACCUCUACCUCGUCUUGCAGUACCAGUCUAUGAUUGGCGUGGGGCUCAUGGGAAAUACCGGCGUCUUUGUCAAAACGGCCUUGCAGACGACGACUAAUCGCUUGGCGGUCCGGUUCAGUGUCACUCAACUCAUUGACGCCUAG